GAGAGGCGUAGCACAACUCACACCAAAGGUGCUGCCCCACGAGUGAGGGCUGUCAAGACUAUAUGUGAUCUGUAGGCGUACAUACCUGCUCUAAAUGCCGUCUGUUUCCUCUAGGGUUUGUGGAUUGCAGGCAGCAUGGUUGGACCCGUUGCACGGACAAAAACGCAGAGGCUGAAUGUGUCUCUCUCUGAAGCUCCCCGCCAGUGAGAGCAGCCAAGCUGGAGCCCAAAGCCAGGGGUUCUGAAUCCCAGCGGGGGCCUCCCUGCACCGACCAUGAGUCUGAGCCGCUUCUUUUGGAGGAAGGUGGCCAUGGCCACCACUGGCAGGCCAGGGCCGAUUCCAACUCCAGGACGCUGGGUCUCCAGCUCUGUCCACAUCCCCGUCCCUGUCCCCAGCGAAGGGCAACCUCCUCCGCCGCAAGUGCCAUCCUCGGAGGGCGGGCAGCUGCGGUACAACCCCUUGCACAUCCAGAUGCUGUCGAGGGGGCUGCACGAACAGAUCUUCGGACCCGGAGCGGAGGGACCCGACGAGGAUGCGGUGCGCCGCAGCAUCGAGCACUUGGAGCAGCAUGGGCUCUGGGGGCAGCCCGCCACGCCCUUGCCAGAUGUGGAGCUGCGCCUCCCGCGCCUCUACGGGGGCGACCUGGACCAGCACUUCCGCCUCCUGGCCCAGAAGCAGAGCCUGCCCUACUUGGAGGCGGCCAACCUGUUGCUGCAGGCGCAGUUGCCCCCGCAGCCCCGGAGCUGGGCCUGGGCGGAGGGCUGGACCCGCUACGGCCCAGAGGGGGAGGCCGUCCCCGUGGCCGUCCCCGAGGAGCGGGCCCUGGUGUUCGACGUGGAGGUCUGCUUGCCAGAGGGAACAUGCCCCACGUUGGCGGUGGCCAUAUCCCCCUCGGCCUGGUAUUCCUGGUGCAGCCGGCGGCUGGUGGAAGAGCGUUACUCUUGGACCAGCCAGCUGUCGCCGGCUGACCUCAUCCCCUUGGAGGUCCCUGCCAGUGCUGGUGGCCCCACCCAGCGGGAUUGGCAGGAGCAGUUGGUGGUGGGGCACAAUGUCUCCUUCGACAGAGCCCACAUCAGGGAGCAGUACCUGAUCCAGGGCUCCCACAUGCGCUUCCUGGACACCAUGAGCAUGCACAUGGCCAUCUCGGGCCUAAGCAGCUUCCAGCGUACUCUGUGGAUGGCGGCCAAGCAGGGCAGGAACAAGGCCCAGCUCUCUGCACAGCGAGCUCAGAAGUCCCAGCGGAAAGCCAGCGGCCCAGUGAUUUCGUCCUGGGACUGGGUGGAAAUGAGCAGUGCCAACAAUCUGGCCGACGUGCACAGCCUGUACGUCGGGGGGCCUCCCUUAGAGAAGGAGCCUCGGGAACUGUUUGUGAAGGGGAGCAUGAAGGAUAUCCGGGAGAACUUCCAGGCACUGAUGCAGUACUGUGCCCAGGAUGUGUGGGCCACUCACGAGGUUUUCCGGCAGCAGCUUCCCCUCUUCUUGGAGAGGUGUCCCCACCCAGUGACUCUGGCUGGCAUGCUGGAGAUGGGUGUUUCCUACCUGCCAGUCAACCACAACUGGGAAAGGUACCUGGCAGAAGCACAGAGCACCUAUGAGGAGCUGCAGCGGGAGAUGAAGAAAUCGCUGAUGGAUCUGGCCAAUGACGCCUGCCAGUUGCUCUCAGGAGAGAGGUACAAGGACGACCCCUGGCUCUGGGACCUGGAGUGGGAGCUGCAGGAGUUCAAGCAGAAGAAGGCAAAGAAGGGGAAGAAGAAUGAGUUGGUCUCAGCCAGCAAGUCGCCCUCCUCGGGGGCUGGUGCCCCUGGGAAUCCCAUGGAUCAGGAAGACCCUGGCCCACCCAGUGAGGAGGAGGAGUGUCAGCGAGAUGUCAUGGCCCGUGCCUGCCUGCAGCAACUGAAGGCCACCACGGAGUCCCUGCCCAAGCGGCCCCAGCACCUUCCUGGCCACCCAGGGUGGUACCGGAAGCUUUGUCCUCGGCUAGAUGACCCUGCCUGGACGCCAGGCCCCAGCCUCCUCAGCCUGCAGAUGAGGAUCACACCUAAACUCAUGGCCUUGACCUGGGAUGGCUUCCCUCUGCACUAUUCAGAGCGACAUGGCUGGGGCUACCUGGUGCCUGGGAGGCGGGACAAUCUGGCUAAGGGGCCAGCGAGCAGCAGCCUGGAGUUGGAAGGGGUGCCCUGCCCCUAUAGAGCCAUCGAGUCCCUGCACAGGAAACACUGUCUGGAACAGGGGAAGCAGCAGCCCCAGGAGGCAGGCCUGGCCGAGGAGUUCGUGCUCACUGACAGCAGUGCCAUGUGGCAGACGGUGGAAGAACUGGGCUGCUUGGACGUGGAGGCAGAGCCCAGGAUGGAGAAUGUUGGCACUGUGGUGUCAGGCCAGCCCCCAGCUCUGAGUGCUGUUGGUGGCUGCAAAGCCACCCAGCCCACCUGUCACCACGGCAACGGACCUUACAACGACGUGGACAUCCCUGGCUGCUGGUUUUUCAAAUUGCCUCACAAGGAUGGUAAUAGCUACAAUGUGGGCAGCCCCUUUGCCAAGGACUUCCUGCCCAAGAUGGAGGACGGCACCCUGCAGGCUGGCCCAGGGGGCGCCAGUGGGCCCCGGGCUCUGGAAAUCAAUAAGAUGAUCUCUUUCUGGAGGAAUGCCCAUAAGCGCAUCAGCUCCCAGAUGGUGGUGUGGCUACCCAGGUCAGCUCUGCCCCGUGCUGUGACCAGGCACCCCAACUAUGACGAGGAAGGCCACUACGGGGCCAUCCUGCCCCAGGUGGUGACUGCUGGCACCAUUACCCGACGGGCUGUGGAGCCCACGUGGCUCACUGCCAGCAACGCCAGGCCCGAUCGAGUGGGCAGUGAGCUGAAAGCAAUGGUGCAGGCUCCGCCUGGCUAUGUGCUCGUGGGUGCCGACGUGGACUCCCAGGAGCUGUGGAUUGCAGCUGUGCUAGGAGACGCUCACUUCGCCGGCAUGCAUGGCUGCACAGCCUUUGGCUGGAUGACACUGCAGGGCAGGAAGAGCAGGGGCAGUGAUCUUCACAGUAAGACAGCCAACACUGUGGGCAUCAGCCGUGAGCACGCCAAAGUCUUCAACUAUGGCCGCAUCUAUGGGGCUGGACAGCCCUUUGCCGAGCGCCUGCUGAUGCAGUUCAACCACCGGCUUACACGGCAGGAGGCAGCCGAGAAGGCCCAGCAGAUGUACGCAGUCACCAAGGGCCUCCGCCGGUACCGGCUGUCAGAUGAGGGCGAGUGGCUAGUGAGACAGCUGGAUCUGUCUGUGGACAAGACUGAAGAUGGCUGGGUUUCCCUGCAGGAUCUGCGCAAGAUCCAGAGAGAAGCUUCAAAGAAGUCACACAGGAAAAAGUGGGAUGUGGUUGCUGAACGAGCAUGGAUGGGGGGUACAGAAUCAGAAAUGUUCAAUAAGCUGGAGAGCAUUGCCAUGUCUAAGACACCACGUACUCCGGUGCUAGGCUGCCGCAUCAGCAGAGCCCUGGAGCCCUCAGCUGUCCAGGGGGAGUUUAUGACCAGUCGUGUGAACUGGGUGGUACAGAGCUCUGCUGUGGACUACUUACACCUCAUGCUUGUGGCCAUGAGGUGGCUGUUUGAAGAGUUUGCUAUCGAUGGACGCUUCUGCAUCAGCAUCCAUGACGAGGUUCGCUACCUGGUAAGGGAGGAGGACCGCUAUCGUGCUGCCCUGGCCCUGCAGAUCACCAACCUCCUGACCAGGUGUAUGUUUGCCUACAAGCUGGGUCUGCAUGACUUGCCCCAGUCAGUGGCCUUUUUCAGUGCAGUUGAUAUUGAUCGAUGCCUCAGGAAGGAAGUGACCAUGGAUUGUAAAACGCCUUCCAACCCAACUGGGAUGGAAAGAAGAUACGGGAUUCCCCAGGGUGAAGCAUUGGAUAUUUACCAGAUAAUCGAACUCACCAAAGGCUCUCUGGAGAAACGAAGCCAGCCUGGACCCUAACUGCCCGGAGAAGCCUCUGAAUCUGCUCCUGUGGAGCUUCAUAGGGGUGGGGCACAUUCCCAAA